AUUGAAGUUCGUGGUUGGUAUGGUGACUAGAGCAAACGCUCUAAUCGGAUUGGCUGAUGAAGGCCUCCUGGAUACGACUGCUGAAACGAGCAACAGGAAACCGAGUCAAGAACAACAUUGGCGGUUCAGCAGACUCAUACACCAGUCGGCCAUCAGACUCGGAUGUGUCUCUGGAGGAAGAUAAAGAGACUUUACGCAGAGAAGCUGAGAGACAGGCUCAGGCGCAACUCGACAAGGCCAAGAGUAAACCAGUGGCGUUUGCAGUGCGCACUAAUGUUGGCUACAGUGCUUCUUCUGAAGAUGACGUCCCCGUGCCUGGAACGGGAAUCUCAUUUGAUCCUAAAGAUUUCCUUCAUGUUAAAGAAAAAUUUAAUAACGACUGGUGGAUCGGCCGCUUGGUGAAGGAAGGCUGCGACAUCGGUUUCAUCCCAAGUCCAGUGAAGCUGGAAAGCAGUCGCCUUCGCCAGGAGCAGCGCGCAAAACAAGGACGCUUUUACUCAAGUAAAUCAGGGGCAAACUCUUCAUCCAGUUUAGGGGACAUUGUUUCAAACUCACGGAAAUCAACUCCUCCCUCCUCAGCUAAGCAGUGGCAGAAGUCGACGGAGCAUGCUCCUCCAUAUGAUGUGGUGCCGUCGAUGAGGCCGGUUGUUCUCGUUGGACCUUCACUCAAGGGCUACGAGGUAACAGAUAUGAUGCAGAAAGCGCUGUUUGACUUUCUGAAGCACCGGUUUGAGGGGAGGAUAACCAUCACAAGAGUGGCAGCUGAUAUCUCUCUGGCCAAACGCUCAGUACUGAACAACCCCAGUAAACACGCCAUCAUCGAGCGCUCAAACACACGCUCCAAUCUAGCGGAGGUUCAGAGCGAGAUCGAGAGGAUAUUUGAGCUGGCCCGAACGCUGCAGCUGGUGGUUUUGGACGCCGACACAAUAAACCAUCCGUCACAGCUGGGGAAAACCUGUCUGGCACCCAUCAUUGUCUACAUCAAGAUCACCUCUCCAAAGGUUUUGCAGAGAUUAAUCAAGUCCCGAGGAAAGUCUCAGGCCAAACAUCUCAAUGUACAGAUGGUGGCAGCUGACAAACUGGCCCAGUGCCCUUCAGAGCUCUUUGACAUUAUUCUAGAUGAGAAUCAGCUGGAAGACGCCUGUGAGCACAUGGCCGACUAUCUGGAGCUAUACUGGAAGUCCACUCAUCCUCCCAGUGGCGCUCCGUCCACUCCACUGCUGGACAAACUGAGCGCAGUGACCGCAGCUGCAGUGGCCUGCAAAGAGCAGCUGACCAACACACAACCCAAGGGCACCGGCAGUGAUGAGCAUGCAGAUCGAGCAGCGGCCAACAGGACUAGCUUUUAUGAAGACUAUCAUCACCAUCAUCAUCCUCAACAGCAACACUACCAGACACAGAAGCAAGAAAGCUUUGAAGAAGAAGAGGAAGAAGAAGAUGAUGAUGAAGAGAAUACUGACCAAAGACACGACAACAGAGACCAACAAAACCAUCACAAAAACCAGCACUCUUCAUCCACACGGACCGAACGCCAUCAUCACCACCGCCACCACCACCAUCAUCAUCAUCACAGACACCAUCAUAGUCGCACCGCCAGAACACUGUCCAAACAGGAGACACUAGAGUCCACUGAAACCCAGACACACUCGCAACCGCAGCAGGAGGAGGAGCAGGAGUCUGUUCAACCCAACCAUCAUCGUCAUCACCACCAUCACCAUCGUCAUCAUCACCGUAAUGAGAAAGAGAAGGAAUACGAUCACAACGAGAGGAACAGCCGGCAAAGAGGAAAGCAGAAAUCACAACGAGAACACCACCAUCAUCACGAGAGGAGAAAACAUUAUAUAGAACAAUGACACACACACACACACACACACACACUCACACACACACACACACACACACACACACACACACACACACACACACACAC